UCCCACUUAUCGCCGACUGUCAGUGAAAUCUUAAUGAGGUGGCGCACGGACAUAUGAGGAUUAUGUUUCUCUUUCUUUAAAAAAAAAAAAAUCCAUUGCUUUACUUGGGUUCUCUUUGUUCUCCGUCACAUUCUAUGGAUUACAUUCUAAAAAGGAUUAUUUAACAAUGGCUGUACUCGAGAACCGUGAGUGGGGUUGGAUUGUGAAUAUAUUUUGGCUGUUGCUUUGUUUUCGGGAUUCUGUUUCUAGACAAAUUACCUAUUCUAUUUCCGAGGAGGUAAAACCGGGGACAUUUGUUGGGAAUUUGGCUAAGGAUUUAAAUCUAAAACUGAUUGAACUGGAGGCACGCAGGAUUCAGAUUGAAUCUGGAUCAUAUAAGAAACAUUUUGAGGUCAAUUUGAAAACUGGCGUUCUCUUCGUUAGCGAAGCCAUAGACCGAGAGAAGCUUUGUCCCAACAGCCUUGUUUGUACUGAAAGCUUGGAGGUUAUUGUUAAUAAUCCUUUACGAAUGUACAAUGUUGAAGUAAAUAUACUAGACAUAAACGACAACGCACCACAAUUUCCUGUGAAAUCCCAGAUUAUUCGUAUUUCUGAGCAUACUUCACCUGGAGCAAGAUUUCCUCUGUCUACAGCUGACGAUAUGGAUGUAGGGAGCAACUCUAUUGACGCAUAUAAACUCUCCACAAAUGCCUUUUUCAAUCUAGACAUACACACUGAGGCUGAUAGUGGUCCAUCAGCAGAGUUAAUUCUAAAUCAAGCUUUAGACCGAGAGAAACAGCCUGUGAUCAAGCUAACACUGACCGCUAUUGAUGRAGGAAAGCCUCCCAGAUCAGGGAGUACAGAAAUCAUUGUCAACAUACUCGAUGCAAACGAUAAUGCGCCAGUGUUUUCCAAAGCCCUGUAUAAGGCAAAAGUCUUAGAGACUGCGCCAAUUGGCACUGCUUUUCUAAGGCUUAAUGCAACAGACCUAGAUGAAGGCUUGAACGGUGAAAUAAUGUAUUUGUUCAGCAAACAAGGACAAAAGGGGGGUUAUGGUACAUUUGCAAUCAAUCAGAGCAAUGGGGAAAUGACAGUAGCGGGACCUUUAGAUUAUGAGGUGACCAGUGCGUAUGAGAUUCGUGUAGAAGCCCAGGACCGAGGCCACUCACCUCUGGCCUCACAUUGCAAAGUGUUGGUAGAGGUAGUUGACGUAAACGAUAAUGCCCCGGACAUCAAACUCUCAUCGCUUUUGGAGAAUGUGAGAGAGGACGCAAAGAAGGGUACGGCAAUUGCGCUAAUCACGAUUAUUGAUAAGGAUGGCGGUAAAAACGGGAAUGUGCAUUGUACCAUAUCUGGUGUCUCGCCGUUUCUAUUGGAGUCAUCUCAGGGUAAAUACUACUCCAUGGUCCUUGGAGAAACGCUGGACAGGGAAAUCAACUCUCAGUAUAAUGUCACAAUCAUAGCCAGAGAUGAAGGGACCCCUCCUCUGUCCAGUAUUAGCAUUAUUACUGUCCAUGUUUCUGAUGUCAAUGACAAUACGCCACGCUUUCCAGAACCCUCUGUUAACGUGUUCUUAAAAGAAAAUAGUCCAGCAAGAUCUGUGAUAUCUUCUGUGACUGCGCUGGAUCCAGAUUCAAAAGCAAACGCUCAGAUAACAUAUAAUUUACUAGAGCCCAGAAAUAGGCCUACAGCUUCGCAGACACCUGUCAAUGUGAAUUAUGCCACAGGUGAGAUAUAUAGCAUGCAUUCAGUGAACUAUGAAGAAAGUGAAAAAGUUCCAGUUCCAAGUUCAGGCCACAGACUCUGGUGUUCCUCCACUAAGCAGCAACGUCACUGUCAACGUUUUUAUCCUGGAUGAGAAUGACAACAGUCCUGUGAUUCUCCCGCCCUAUUCUGACCACGGCUCCGUUAAUUCUGGAGAACAUUCCUUAUUCUGCUGAAGCGGGAUACUUUGUGGCCAAAAUCAGGGCUGUAGACGCCGACUCUGGA